CGAGGACUCGUUACCAUCUCCGCUCCAGAUGUUGAAGCUUCUGCUUCUCCAGCAUAGAACAUCACCUUACCUCUACAAGUUCCAAUUUUUCGCCUUUAGAUUGUUAUCUCAGGCUCCUUCUCCCUCAAAUCCAGCAUCUUCGUUGCCUUCUUUGUCGUCGUCGUCUUCUUCGAGUCUGGCCGAAGCAAUACUUAAAUGCAGAUCCGCGGAAGAAGCGCUCAGGCUGUUCGAAACGUCUUCGAGACUCAAGAUCUCGAAUAUAAACGAUCUCCGAUCUUUCUCGGCGUUGAUUCACGUUUUAACCGGAGCCCAGAAGUUUACGGUCGCCAGAUGUUUGAUAAAACGCCUCAUAGAAAGUCUCAGGCGCCAAAAUAAGCCUACUAACGUUUCUUAUAGAGUUUUCAAUGCUCUCGAGGAUAUUCAAACUCCGGAAUUCUGUAUCGGGGUGUUUAGUCUACUGAUUAUGGAGCUUGUGGAGAUGGGCUGGUUUGAAGAAGCUCUUUGGGUGAGUCGAGAGAUGAGAUGUUCUCCCGAUUCGAAAGCUUGUCAUGCGAUUUUGAAUGGAUUAGUUAGAAGGAAAAGGUUUGAUUCAGUCUGGGUUGAUUACAAACUUAUGAUCUCCCGUGGGCUUUCCCCUGAUGUCUACAUUUACUCAGUUUUGUUUCAAUGCUGUUUAAAACAAGGUUUUUCCUCCAAGAAAGAGAUACUUCUUGACGAAAUGACAUCUUCAGGGAUCAAGCCGAAUGUUUAUAUCUACACCAUAUUUAUCCGAGAUCUGUGUAGGGAAAAUAAGAUGGAAGAAGCGGAGAAAAUGUUCGAGUUGAUGAAGAAACAUGGUGUUAUUCCAAACUUGUAUACGUACGGUGCAAUCAUUGGUGGGUAUUGCAAAACCGGUAAGCUGAGACAAGCUUACACAUUGUAUAAGGAGAUUCUGGUUGCUGAAUUGCUGCCAAACGUUGUUAUUUUUGGCACAUUAGUUGAUGGUUUUUGCAAAGCUCACGAGUUGGUUGCUGCAAGGAGCCUUUUCGUGCAUAUGGCCAAGUUUGGGGUUGAUCCUAAUUUAUAUGUUUACAACUGUCUAAUUCAUGGACAGUGCAUAUCAGGGAACAUGUUGGAAGCAAUGGCACUGAGUUCCGAGAUGCAAAGUUUUAAUCUUUCGCCUGAUGUAUUCACUUAUACUAUACUUAUUAACGGGCUAUGUACUGAAGAUCGGCUAACAGAAGCAGACAGAUUAUUUCAGAGGAUGAAGAAGGAGAGAAUUUUUCCGAGCUCUGCGACUUACAAUUCGCUGAUUCAUGGCUAUUGUAGAGAAUACAAUAUGGAGAAAGCUCUGGAUUUGUGCUCAGAGAUGACAGCAAGUGGCAUAGAACCCAACAUCAUAACCUUUUCUACUUUGAUCGACGGUUACUGCAAAGUGAGAAACAUAAAAGCUGCAAUGGGCUUGUACUCCGAAAUGACCAUCAAAGGUAUAGUUCCUGAUGUUGUGACUUACACAGCUUUGAUCGAUGCACAUUUCAAGGAGGCCAACAAGAACGAAGCAGUCAGGCUAUACAGUAACAUGCUAGAUGCUGGAAUCCACCCAAAUGAUCACACGUUCGCUUGCCUAGUAGAUGGAUUCUGGAAAGAAGGGCGAGUCUCUGAUGCCAUCGCUUUUUAUCUGGAAAAUGAACGAGCGGCCACCGGGAAAUCAAUUGGUCAGAGUAGCUGCUGGAAUCACGUGGGUUUUACGUGUUUGAUUCAAGGGUUAUGUCAGAACGGCUACAUUCUUAGAGCUAGCAGAUUCUUCUCGGACAUGAGAUCUGGCGAGCUAAACCCGGACUUGUGGAGUUAUGUUUCAAUGUUAAAGGGGCAUCGUCAAGAAAAGCGUAUUAUUGACACAAUGAUGUUGCACUGUGAUAUGAUCAAAACUGGAAUCUUGCCAAACCUUGUGGUGGAUGAAUUCCUAGGCAGGCUUUACGAAGAGAAUGGAUAUCUAAGAUCAGCUUCUUUCUUGACCAAUUCGCGUCGUUUAGGAACUAUCACCUAGUUAACAACAAUUCCUGAAUCUCUCUUCUUUUCUCUCUCAAGUAAAUCUCACUAAUCGUGCUAGCUUUGCGAUUUUUUUUUUUGUUUAAUCUCAGGCUCUUUGUUGUAUUAUAUAAGGAUAAAGCUUACAGAGAAGAUCAAGCAAAGUUAUUAUUACUGUAUACCGAGAG